GAGGAGAUGAUGGUGAUGGAGGCCCACAAGAGCUUGGACCAGAACAUCAUACCUCCACCACCACGACAUCAGGACUCUAUCUUCCAGGACACAGAGAAGUCUCGGCUGCUGCAGAAACUGCUCCAGAGCAAGAACCCAGAUGACCUGCAAGCCGCCAACAGACUCAUCAAGACCAUGGUGAAGGAGGAUGAAAGGAGAGUGGAGAUGAAGAGCAGACAGCUGAGCGAGCUAGAGGCGGCUCACAACAACGCUCGGCUGCUGAGCGAGAUGCUGGAGUCGUACAGUCAGGAGACGAGCUCUGCUCAGGACCUGGAGCUCAUUAAGGAGCUGCAAGCGAGCUGCUUACGGUUCCGACCCAAUGUGCAAAAACUGCUGUCCGAGGUUCAUAGUGAUGAGAGGCUCUUCAAUGAGGUGUUGGCAGCAAACGAUGAGCUAGGGGAGGUUCUGGAGAAGUAUGGAGUAGUGAUAGUGCAAGGUCUGCCGGCCUCCGCGGUGGGGGGCAACCUGCUGGACCUGAGCUCCCCCGCCACUGAGAGUCUGCCCCCGCCACCCACCACUCCGGCCCCCGCCUCCGUGUCUCUGCUGUGUGAGCAGCUCACUGACAUCAGUAUAGAUGCUUCUGUUGUGCCAAACUUGGACAGUGCGCUGCCUAUACAGCUGUCUUCGUCGAUUCUGCCACCCCAACCUCCCCAACCCCUCCCGUCACAACAGCCACUUGGGGACUUGGCCUCCCUCGGGGACAUCUUCAGCUCCCUCGCCCAACCGGCAGCAGUGCCUAUGUCUCCGGUCAGGACAGCAGUAAGUGAGAAGCCUGUUGCCAAGACGGGGCUGGAAGAGUUGGACGCCAUCAGUGAAAGCCUGCUGAAACAGAGUUUACCACAGACUGUGUCUCAGCCUGUAAUCAAGGCUCAGACAAAAGUUCCGAUGAACCAACUGCCAUUAUCACAUCAGGCAUCACCUGUACAUUCCUCACCUGCCUUGGUACAUUCCAUCUCACCUCCUUCGAAUCCUGUAUCCGCCCCUCCACCUGAUUCUCUGGACCUGCUGAUAGACUCGACUGAGGACCUGAAGGCCCCACCUCAACCCCAGGUCAAUGGGGACACACCUGUAGUAGAGGUCACAGCUGAACCCCAACCCCUAGUCAAGAGUGAGGUUUCUAUCAGACCCCUUGGACUCGGAGACAUCACUGUUCCCCUGGAGACCAUCAAGCCAGGAAGCCUACCCCCACUCCCAGUGCUACAGGAACGAGGUGUGGCCGUCACAAUACACUUUGCUCGAGACAGUCCACGUGAUGACGUGUCAGUGUUUGUCGUCACCACCACCAGUCAGAGCCAAUACCCUGUCUCUGAUUAUCUGUUUCAAGCCAUUGUUCCCAAGGGUUGCAGGUUGAGGUUGCAACCACCAUCUAGCACAGAACUACCGGCCCACAACCCUUUCCUGCCUCCAGCUGCCAUCACCCAAGUCAUGCUCAUAGCCAGUCCUGAUAAGAAACCAAUUAUGCUGCGAGUCGUUAUGAGUUUCACAAUGGAUGAUGAAACCGUUACGGAAAUGAAAGAAGUCGAGAAAUUUCCUCUGCUGAACUCAUGAAGCUGCAACUUUCCCAUCCGUUGUACAUAGUCAUGUUAACUCCAUUGAAUAAAUAAAAUAUCAUUAUGUAAAAAAUGUACAAUCUUAACUAAUAAGUUGUAAAUUAGUCUAGUUGAUACGAACUGUUUUAAUUUUUCCAUUAAGUUAGAUUGAAAUUAUCGUGAUAACGGCUUAUAUACAUGCAAGUCCUGAUGUAUAUAAUAAGUCUUGUAGAAUCUGAAUUGCUUGUACAGUAUUAUUUUGUCUUAAUUACAGAAAUUUAAUUUAGCAACAUCUUUGAAAGAUUAGCUCUACAGUUUUAAAUAUAUGUAAUAUUUACUAUUGAAUAGGUUGCCUUCUGUUAUGUAUCUUCAGUACUGUCUGAGGAAUCAUUUAAUUUUGUUGAUAAUUUAGUAGUUUAUUUUCUUCUUUUGUUAUUCUGUUAUGUUUUUAUGAUCUGGUUUUUUUGGAGUAUAAUAAUACGUUGAACGUUUGGUGUUGUUAAGUUGGAUUGGUUUGAAGGAAUUCAACGUAACUUGCAGGAAAUGUGUCAAAAGUUGUAAUCUAUAGAUUCUGCUAAUAUUCCUUUGGAUUUUGUAUUAUCAGUCAAAGUGAAGACUCAGAAUGUAGUAUUAUAUGUAAGAUUUUUACUCUUUUUGUCUGUGCAACAUUUCUGUACCAUUCUCUGUCACUAUUUGUUGGAAUAAUUUUCAAACUCAUAGUCUGUAUCAUUAUUGUUAUUUAUUAUCUCUUCAUUUUAUUGUUGAUGACUGAAAAUUGAAUUUAUAAUGAUCACUUAUGUAUUUUGAUAGACUGCUAAUCAAUAAUAAGCUUAGGUUAAUUUUAUGAAAUUGUUUUUGAUGAUAGUGUAAUAAAGGUGGAAAUGAACUCUACUUCCGUGAAAUGUAUAUAAAGAUUUUAUCUUGUAUUGUUUUUAAAGUACUGUUUGAUUAUCAUUGUAUUUAACAUAUCAGUGAAUUAAAAGCCAUAUUUUCUCAUUUUAAUUCUGUUUUGCUGCAAAUAAUGGAAGCUAUUAAUUAUUUUUAAUAUACUGUAGAAAAUAAUGUUAAUUUAAUUUAGUUUUUUAUUCAUACGAAUUUGAUCAAUUUUAAAUUUAGCCUAUAAGGUUUUUUAGGCAUUAAAACAUUAUACACAUUAUCAAAUUAAUCAGAUACAAAAGAGCAAAUGUGUCUUACUAGCACAUUGACAUAUUUUACUAAUAUAUAAAACAACAUGUGUGAAAUUAUAAAAAUACACUGACACGAAAUACUUGUAAAUGUUAGUAUUAAUUGAUAAGUGAUCUGUCAGUGAUGUGGCCAUUUGUGUCACUGGCCUAUGCAAGAAUCUUAUCAAACCAUUAAACCGUGCAUUUGUUCACUAACUUAGUUAAAUGAAAAGAAGAAAAAAGAAAAGAUGUUUUUUGUAUUAACCUUGUUACUACUUGUGAUUUUUUCUAAAACACUAGGUUUUGGGCAAUUAUGGUUUAAAUGGUUUUAGCUCUUGAAAAGUACUAUUGUAGUUAUGAUUCAAUAAUAAAUGACCUGCAAAAUAUAAAGUAACAAAAAUCCAGGGGUUUUUUUGUUUUUAAUAGUAAAGGCAAAAAAAUGCAGAACGGGUUUUUUGGGCACUGAUGCCGUCAACUUCCAUCCAAGAAACCACCAUUUAAAGUGGGCCCUUCCACCACCUUUAACAGUGACUCAUAUGAGUGUAUACUAGACCGCAAAAAUCCUUAACGUAAGAUGCCGGAAUCGAACUCAUGAUUCCAAGGCCAAUUCCCUCAUCAGAAAAUAGCGCCUUAGACCACAAAGUCGUCUUGACUUGAUGUGUUGGAUGUGCAGAUAACUCAAUUACGAUUUUACUCCAGUAGCAUUCACUCACUUAUCACUUUGGCAGCGCUGUAAUGCGUCAUGAUCGUGACUCAUGGUUCUUAGAAAGUUAAUAUAAGGUCGAAAUCUUUUAAAGAGCUGGUCCUUAUCUCAUUUCUUAUAUGUCAUGUACAGUUCUCAAGAGUUUUAUGUAUUGAACCCCCACAACAACAUCACUGUUUUUUUUUCUCUCCUUUUCUUUGUCAGAAGACAACAACUGUAUCUUCUCCUUAGUUGUCACUUUUCAUAAUGUCAGUUUUCACUUUGAAAAAAUAGUGUUAUAAAUUUACUGGCUAGAUAAGUACUGUUUAUAGACAUAACAUGUAUUAAGGCAUUUACCUACUUACUUUUGACAGCUUAAAUAAUUCUUUUUCCAUUUACAGAUUUUCAAUUAAACUAACUAAAGAAUAUUUAUUGUAAUUUUUAUCACACAGACUUUAUUUACUGUAUACUCUUUAGAAUGCCUAAAAUGUUUAGUGUUUUUUUUUAAAGACUGAAUUGCAGGUGUGUAAAACGUUUUUCGUUGCCCGUUUUUGUCUGUUUAAAAUUAAGAAAUGCCAAGCGUUUAGUCUCGGUUGUAGAGUUCAUUGUUUUGUUAUGUACCUUAGUGUUAACACUCAUUCACCCACUGCUUGUAUACUGAGUACUUAAUUAUAUUGAUUCUAAACGUUA